UUCUAUGGUUUCCGGUCUGGUCGCAGUAGACCGUGAUCCUCAUAUAUACAAUUUUACUUAAAUUUGUAUUAUACUCAUAACAAACUUACAGUUGUGAUUUAUAACCAGAUACGUCGUGUUGAUAUACUAUAGCAAUAUGAUGUCGAAGCUUUGGUUACAAGGAUACAUAUAUGUGGUCUAGUCCCGAAGUGGCUCCGGCGUAACCGGCUGAGAAUAGAGGUUCAUUUGACUUCCUGCAAAAAAGAGGCGCUGCCUACAACCAUUAAUCUCUGCAGCAAAUCAAAAUACUUUACAGAGCAGUGACAGGUGCAGUGUGCUACUAACUUCAUCCUUAAAGAUGAAGUUGAAGGAGGAUAUAAACCCCCUGCUGUUGCAGGUUUUUCGCUCUGUGGUCUGGGUCUACUCCACCAUCACCUUCAUACCCUGGUACUUCUUCUCUGGAGCUAGCACCACCUUGGAAUGGGCAUGUCGGAUCAAGGCACGCUCGGUUAGCGGACACCCAGCAGGGCCUUACAGGGCUAUCAACAGCCAAGAGAAGCUGGCAACAUGGCUGCACCCUGGCGUGGACACCCUGGACAAAAUGUUUGAACAUGCUGCUAGGAAAUUUCCCCAGAGAGACUGUCUGGGCACCAGGGAGGUGCUCAGUGAGGAGGAUGAGCUCCAGCCUAAUGGCAAGGUCUUCAAGAAGGUAAUUCUAGGGAACUAUAACUGGCUGACAUACGAGGACGUUUACCAGAUAGCGAAAUGUUUUGGCAGUGGCCUGGCAGCUCUUGGCCAGAAACCUAAAUGUAACAUUGCACUCUUCUGUGAGACUAGAGCGGAGUGGAUUGUGGUAUCACAAGCCUGCUUCAUGUACAAUUUUCGACUGGUGACUUUGUACUCCACUCUCGGAUUCACGGCCAUUGCACAUGGCCUGAACGAGACAGAGGUCACACACAUCAUCACGAGUAACGACCUGCUUCAGAACCGUCUCAAGGACAUACUGUGCAGCGUGCCGAGGCUGCAGUAUAUCAUCGUCGUGGACAGUAAACCUGCAAACUGCCCAGAGCUCCCAAGAGGCAUCAUGGUCUACAGCAUGGAUGCUGUGAAGGAGAUGGGAUCCAAGCCUGACAACAUAGCAGUUGACCGCAGACAGCCCGAGUCCUCAGACAUCGCCGUCAUCAUGUACACGAGCGGCUCCACAGGCAUCCCCAAGGGUGUCAUGAUCUCCCAUGGCAACAUCAUUGCUGGCAUUACUGGCAUGGCCGAGCGAAUCCCUAACCUCAAUGAAACAGACACCUACAUCGGCUACCUGCCUCUGGCCCAUGUUUUAGAGCUCAGUGCUGAACUAGUGUGCGUCGCUCAUGGCUGUCGCAUUGGCUACUCCUCCCCUCAGACCCUGGCCGACCAGUCCACCAAGAUAAAGAAGGGCAGUAAAGGGGAUACCAGUGUGCUGAAACCUACUCUUAUGGCUACUGUACCAGAGAUCAUGGAUCGGAUUUACAAGAAUGUGAUGACCAAAGUGGAGGAAAUGAGCAAAUUCCAGAAGACGCUCUUUGUGCUGGCUUACAACUAUAAAAUGGAGCAGGUCUCCAAGGGCUACAACACACCUCUUUGUGACAGGCUGGUGUUUAAGCGGGUGCGUGCGCUCUUGGGAGGGAACAUAAGGGUGCUGCUUUCUGGCGGAGCUCCCCUCUCGACCGCCACGCAACGCUUUAUGAACAUCUGUCUGUGCUGCCCUGUGGGGCAGGGCUACGGCCUGACAGAGACCUGUGGAGCUGGCACCAUCAGUGAGGUUUGGGACUACAGCACAGGACGGGUCGGUGCUCCACUGAUUUGUUCAGAGUUCACACUGAAGGACUGGGAAGAAGGUGGUUACUACAGCACAGACAAGCCCAAGCCACGAGGAGAAAUUUUGAUCGGCGGGCCCAAUGUAACAAUGGGUUACUACAAAAGCGAAGCCAAGAACAGCGAGGAUUUUUUUGUUGAUGAGAACGGCCAGAGAUGGUUCUGCACUGGUGAUAUUGGAGAGUUCGACCCUGACGGAUGCCUCAAGAUCAUUGAUCGUAAGAAGGACCUGGUGAAGUUGCAGGCAGGCGAGUAUGUCUCCCUAGGAAAAGUGGAGACUGUUCUGAAGAACUGCCCUCUCGUUGACAACAUCUGUGCCUAUGCCAGCAGUGACCAGUCAUAUGUGAUCAGCUUUGUGGUGCCUAACCACAAGCAGCUAAUGGCGAUGGUGAAACAGAUGCAAGUGAACGGCACAUUGGAGGAAAUUUGCAAUAACCCCCAGGUGGAAAAAGAAGUCCUGCGCAUCAUUACUGAGGUUGCUUUCUCAGCAAAACUAGAGCGAUUUGAGAUCCCCAAGAAGAUUCGGCUGAGCGCUGAGCCUUGGACGCCUGAGACCGGUUUGGUCACUGAUGCAUUCAAACUGAAACGCAAGGAGCUCAAAACACACUACCAGGAAGACAUUGAGAGGAUGUACGGGUUAAAAUAGCAUGCAGACAUACUCCAAACAACAAGUAAACAGAAAAAAAUCUCGUGAAUCCUUGAAGCUUAAGGCUUUCUGUUCAGACGAAAAGGCUGAAGGUCCCUCACAUCUGAACCAGCCAGACCCGCACAGUGCCACACACUCACCCGCUUCAUAUUGAGUUGCUAUGGCAACACAGCAGCACAUGAAGUUGGACGUCUCCAUGAGUCAAACUGAAACAAAAUGAAUCCAGAUCAACGUCAGUGCACCCUCCCUGUUGCUUCUCUUUCUCCAUUGCUGGACUUGCAGAUAUGUGGCAGGGAAGACAGGGUAGCAUGAGCCAGAUAGAGGGAUCCUUCCUGUACUUUAAGCAUCAGUCAGGUUGGAAUCUUUACAGGGAUUUCCAUUAUCUUAAAUUUUUUAUGUUUUCUCCAUGUUUGGUUUGACGGUUUUGAAAUCCACUUAGUGAUUAUUUUUUUGUGUGUGAGGAAUCGGUGUUGCAAAGUCAAGAGAGAUUGAACAUUAGGAUGUUUUAAAGUAUUUUUUUUCUUAAUGGUAUUGUAUGGUAUUAUUCUGAGGGGUUUAAUAUUUUUUAUCUUCUUGUUUUUUAUUGCCAUUUUGUUUAUGCUAAUCUUUUUUUUUCCCCCCCUUAUUUGUCCGUGCCCCAAAGUCCGUACACUCACGUGCAUUUACAGGUUUGACCAAUGCAAAGAUUCCAGUCUUCAGUCUCCAGCUUUUGACCUUUGCAGCAGGUUCAAACUUAAAUAGGAAAAUACAUCCAUUGGGACUUUUUCCAUCCAUGCUUUUUGUCUCAAACUUAAUUUUUCUCUAUAUUUGUAUGCCUCUCAGCCUGUCUUAUUGGCUGUUUGGUUGGUUCACUGACCUGCAGUAGCCCUGCCACAUAUUCCCCUGGUCAAUGCACCAUGCGGAUGUUUCCAAGUGAACUUAGCCUACUGUAGACAAAUACUGUAGCUAGACUAGCUAGCCCUUCUUUGGUUGCUUGGUGGAUAUUAUCCUUUUUGCCAUGGGUUUAGUUACUGUUACUUUAUAUUUGUAUGAAUAUUAAAUACAAAAUGAAUGUGCAAUAUUUAUACACAAAUUUAAAGUAUUCAGGAAGUCUAACAUACAAAGCAGUCCUUUCAUAGUGUAGAAAUGUGUAGCCUAGUAGGAGAAAAGAAAUGGGAAGUAGGACUAGAGAUGAAGAUGGUAAAAAGACACUGAACUGGAAGUCCAGAUGUGCUGUAGCCCAUCUGAACAUACUGUGUUGAAAGACGGUAAAAUAAAAAUUGUAUAUUUGACAUUGUAGAAAUAGUAUGAUAAAAAGCACCAGAAUAUACAGUAUGUUUGAGCGUGAAAUGGUAGAAUCGCACUCCAAUCGAACAACUGAAGAAAUUCCUUAUGAAUACACUCCUUAUUUAAUUGUGUCACUUGACUUCAUAGUGUAGAUAACAUUUCUGUAUCUCCAGAUUGUUUUAUGUGUAUAAUACUGUAUGUGAAAUAUAUAUAAAGAGGGUCUUGGAUUCUGUCAACUGCCAUUUAUUUGAAUCGGUGUAACAUACACAUUAAUUAACACAGGUUUCCGUACCGGUGGUGAUAUUCUCCGGUUAGGGCCAGUAGGACUUGCGCUCGUGCUUCAGUAUUUUUUCUUCUUCUGUUUCUGGGUGGAAGAUUAAGCAUUUGGUCAGCGGUCCUUUGUGAGGGCAACAUCUUUCUCGUAGCUGCUUUCUCUGACUGCCAAACCUGCUUUGCUUGUACUGAAGACAUAGCAUUAGGAAAUGUACAGUCAGGUACUCCAAUAACUUCACUUAUCACGUGUGUUAUCUUAACAGAGAAGGGUUAUUUUAGCAUGUAGACCUUUUAUUUUUUUUAAUAGAACGUCUUUCUCCUGAUAUUUCAGUGAAGUCAGUAACUUGCCCUGCGGUUUGCUGCUUGACCCCUGCCUGACAAGACAUGGUUAUUUGCCUUCUGACACACCUGAGCUGUUUCAGGGGUCUUAGGAAUGUGAAGCUCUCCCUGUGUUCUGUUGAUAGCACACAUGGCACAUCUUACUAACAAUGCUCACUUGAACUAACGACAAGGUAAAGGUAGUGGAUGGUGCAGAAAUUAAUUUUGAAUUUCACCACUCCUGUUGUUGUAAAUAUGUUGGGGGCAGGGGGUUCCCACAGAUCAAAGUUCAUUAAAACUACCAAUAACUGUACAGAUGUAAAACCUCUUGUUAAUAUAUUUAUCUGUUAGUGAUUGGUUUUUGGGGUCUCUUCCUUGUCCUUUGUGUUGAAUUGGGCCCUGGGAGCCAGGCUGCAUCUCUAUAUUUAUUUGUGAUUUGGCCUUGACAGUUAUGUAAUGAAAUAAAAAGGCUUGUGUUGUAA